AUGCCAACAUUUUCCUGCUCCUCUGCUAACCAUGCGCCAGUAGCCGGGCUCGGCUCGGAGUUUGAUAGAAGUUGGAGACAGGCAGGUCCAACAAAAGAGGAAAUUUGGGUCGGUAAAUCCCGAGAGCAGAAGUGGACCGACCUUGGUAGUCGCACUUGCAACCCAAGACGGACACCAGUCGUCCAUGCUACCGGGUCCAAGGGUCAGGGUCUGGACUCCGCGGGAGAUCGGCGGAACACUGCAGGAUCGGCCGAGGUCAAGCAGGGUGACAUUGCUUCUUCUCGCGCCGUAGCAGGCUGCAGACCGAAUUCAAGUUGUCCGAAGAAUAGACCGAUGGCUAUAAUUUCAAGUGUUUUGGGCAUUGGUAGAUCAUUAUCCACUAGCCUCGUCUCGCCUUUUGCUCCCGUCGCGGCUGUGGUGAGACACCCGCAGCAUCCGCCGAAAAGCACAAAUGAUUGUUUGCUUGUAUCAUCUGUAUCUCUCGAUCCACAGCAGCCCCAACAACUACGGAACUCGAAAUGCAGAAUGCAUAUGCGGGCGCAAUAUCUUAUUCGGAAUCAGCCCACGACAUCUGGUCAGGAGCAGCGGCAAACAUACGGAGUACAGAGUAGUGGAACCAAACGUCGCACAGCACAGCAGGCAAUCUCUGACCCUAUGGUCAUUCGAAUGUUCGAUGCAGUGUCAAAAGAGGGGAAACUGAAUCGAUGCAUAUCAGCGAUGAUAGAUGGGAAAAUACGUGUAUACCUAUACUCAACGCUUACUCAAAAGACAUCUCCACACCUCCAAAGAACGAGAUUUCUCCCAUCAGCCAGCAAAACAUCCUCUCUUCGCUCAACUUCAACCUUGUACUAUCCACAAGCGUCCCAAAACUCCGCCGCACGCCCUCAACCACCUCCCAAGCAUCAAUCACCAUGUGUCUCCAAGCGCCAACGAACAACACACCCACCCCCUCCAUGGCAAUCACAGUCCCCAAGCCGCUCGUCAGCCACUGCUGCGGCUACUGCUGCAAAGAGGAGCACUAUGGAAACCACGAGCUGUGCGGCUGGUGCGAGAACACCAACUGCCUCUGAAUGA